AUCUGUGGUGACAUGUGGGACGACUUUGAUGCUGACGUUGUUUGCCGUCAGAUGGGAUUUUCCUCUGGAACUGCAAUCCAUUUGCCACGAGAUCAAGUGUCCAACAGACUAGUCUUCAAUGUACGUUGCUCUGGUCAUGAGACGAACCUUAUGUCUUGUCCAGCUGAUGGAUUUGACGUAGGUGGAAUGUGUGCCUAUUAUGAUGAUGCUGGUGUUAACUGUAGCAGUGUGUCAAAUGGUGGACAAUCGACUGUAAUGAUUGGACCAGGAGGAAGGGUGUUAAGUUACACCGUGAACGGAACGGGGACGGUGUGUGCUGACAGAUGGGAUGAUGUGGAUGCUGACGUUGUUUGCCGACAAAUGGGAUUCCCAUCCGGAACUGCCAGUUUUCUCCCACGUGACUACAUGUACAACAGAGUCAUCUUUAAUGUCCGUUGUAAUGGCAACGAAACCCAGGUGCAGCAGUGUCCGGUGGACCAGUGGGAUAUGUUUGGAAAUUGUCCAAAUCUUGGUGACGCCGGUGUAAAUUGCAACAAUAUAUCUCAGAGUGGACAGGGCUCGGUGACCAUUGCCUCCGGAGGACGAGUAUACGUAAGCAACAUCAAUGGAACGGGUACCAUCUGUGGUGACAUGUGGGACGACUUUGAUGCUGACGUUGUUUGCCGUCAAAUGGGAUUUCCCUCUGGAACUGCAAUCCAUUUGCCACGAGAUCAAGUGUCCAACAGACUAGUCUUCAAUGUACGUUGCUCUGGUCAUGAGACGGACCUUAUGUCUUGUCCAGCUGAUGGAUUUGACGUAGGUGGAAUGUGUGCCUAUUAUGAUGAUGCUGGUGUUAACUGUAGCAGUGUGUCAAAUGAGUAUUUAAUUCUCUUAUACAUGUAUUUCACAUUCUUCAUAGGUGGACAAUCAACUGUAAUGAUUGGACCAGGAGGAAGGGUGUUAAGUUACACCGUGAACGGAACGGGGACGGUGUGUGCUGACAGAUGGGAUGAUGUGGAUGCUGACGUUGUUUGCCGACAAAUGGGAUUCCCAUCCGGAACUGCCAGUUUUCUCCCACGUGACUACAUGUACAACAGAGUCAUCUUUAAUGUCCGUUGUAAUGGCAACGAAACCCAGGUGCAGCAGUGUCCGGUGGACCAGUGGGAUAUGUUUGGAAAUUGUCCAUAUCUUGGUGACGCCGGUGUAAAUUGCAACAAUAUAUCUCAGAAUGUUCAUAGUAACAUAGUCAACAAGAUACACUUCUUCAUUGAUGGCAUAUCACUAGUUUAUAAAAUACGUGCCACACCGUAUGUUAAUUUUGUCCUGAGAAUGAUUGUAACUGUUGUAGGUGGACAGGGCUCGGUGACCAUUGCCUCCGGAGGACGAGUAUACGUAAGCAACAUCAAUGGAACGGGUACCAUCUGUGGUGACAUGUGGGACGACUUUGAUGCUGACGUUGUUUGCCGUCAAAUGGGAUUUCCCUCUGGAACUGCAAUCCAUUUGCCACGAGAUCAAGUGUCCAACAGACUAGUCUUCAAUGUACGUUGCUCUGGUCAUGAGACGAACCUUAUGUCUUGUCCAGCUGAUGGAUUUGACGUAGGUGGAAUGUGUGCCUAUUCUGAUGAUGCUGGUGUUAACUGUAGCAGUGUGUCAAAUGGUGGACAGGGCUCGGUAACCAUUGCCUCCGGAGGACGAGUAUACGUAAGCAACAUCAAUGGAACGGGUACCAUCUGUGGUGACAUGUGGGACGACUUUGAUGCUGACGUUGUUUGCCGUCAAAUGGGAUUUACCUCUGGAACUGCAAUCCAUUUGCCACGAGAUCAAGUGUCCAACAGACUAGUCUUCAAUGUACGUUGCUCUGGUCAUGAGACGGACCUUAUGUCUUGUCCAGCUGAUGGAUUUGACGUAGGUGGAAUGUGUGCCUAUUCUGAUGAUGCUGGUGUUAACUGUAGCAGUGUGUCAAAUGGUGGACAAUCAACUGUAAUGAUUGGACCAGGAGGAAGGGUGUUAAGUUACACCGUGAACGGAACGGGGACGGUGUGUGCUGACAGAUGGGAUGAUGUGGAUGCUGACGUUGUUUGCCGACAAAUGGGAUUCCCAUCCGGAACUGCCAGUUUUCUCCCACGUGACUACAUGUACAACAGAGUCAUCUUUAAUGUCCGUUGUAAUGGCAACGAAACCCAGGUGCAGCAGUGUCCGGUGGACCAGUGGGAUAUGUUUGGAAAUUGUCCAUAUCUUGGUGACGCCGGUGUAAAUUGCAACAAUAUAUCUCAGAAUGUUCAUAGUAACAUAGUCAACAAGAUACACUUCUUCAUUGAUGGCAUAUCACUAGUUUAUAAAAUACGUGCCACACCGUAUGUUAAUUUUGUCCUGAGAAUGAUUGUAACUGUUGUAGGUGGACAGGGCUCGGUGACCAUUGCCUCCGGAGGACGAGUAUACGUAAGCAACAUCAAUGGAACGGGUACCAUCUGUGGUGACAUGUGGGACGACUUUGAUGCUGACGUUGUUUGCCGUCAAAUGGGAUUUCCCUCUGGAACUGCAAUCCAUUUGCCACGAGAUCAAGUGUCCAACAGACUAGUCUUCAAUGUACGUUGCUCUGGUCAUGAGACGAACCUUAUGUCUUGUCCAGCUGAUGGAUUUGACGUAGGUGGAAUGUGUGCCUAUUCUGAUGAUGCUGGUGUUAACUGUAGCAGUGUGUCAAAUGGUGGACAGGGCUCGGUAACCAUUGCCUCCGGAGGACGAGUAUACGUAAGCAACAUCAAUGGAACGGGUACCAUCUGUGGUGACAUGUGGGACGACUUUGAUGCUGACGUUGUUUGCCGUCAAAUGGGAUUUACCUCUGGAACUGCAAUCCAUUUGCCACGAGAUCAAGUGUCCAACAGACUAGUCUUCAAUGUACGUUGCUCUGGUCAUGAGACGGACCUUAUGUCUUGUCCAGCUGAUGGAUUUGACGUAGGUGGAAUGUGUGCCUAUUCUGAUGAUGCUGGUGUUAACUGUAGCAGUGUGUCAAAUGGUGGACAAUCAACUGUAAUGAUUGGACCAGGAGGAAGGGUGUUAAGUUACACCGUGAACGGAACGGGGACGGUGUGUGCUGACAGAUGGGAUGAUGUGGAUGCUGACGUUGUUUGCCGACAAAUGGGAUUCCCAUCCGGAACUGCCAGUUUUCUCCCACGUGACUACAUGUACAACAGAGUCAUCUUUAAUGUCCGUUGUAAUGGCAACGAAACCCAGGUGCAGCAGUGUCCGGUGGACCAGUGGGAUAUGUUUGGAAAUUGUCCAUAUCUUGGUGACGCCGGUGUAAAUUGCAACAAUAUAUCUCAGAGUGGACAGGGCUCGGUGACCAUUGCCUCCGGAGGACGAGUAUACGUAAGCAACAUCAAUGGAACGGGUACCAUCUGUGGUGACAUGUGGGACGACUUUGAUGCUGACGUUGUUUGCCGUCAAAUGGGAUUUCCCUCUGGAACUGCAAUCCAUUUGCCACGAGAUCAAGUGUCCAACAGACUAGUCUUCAAUGUACGUUGCUCUGGUCAUGAGACGAACCUUAUGUCUUGUCCAGCUGAUGGAUUUGACGUAGGUGGAAUGUGUGCCUAUUCUGAUGAUGCUGGUGUUAACUGUAGCAGUGUGUCAAAUGGUAAGACUACACACUUUCCAUUCCGUUAGAAUGACACUAAUUUACCGAUAUAUUGUUCAUUUAAGUCACUGUUGAAAACCAC